CGAUCUAUAUAUAAUACAAAGAAGCCAUUUCUAGUGUUCUGAUAUCAGUCAGAACAUGCGGAGUCCGCGUAGCCGUCCGCGGAUGUCUGUUUUUUUGGCCUCGCGCUUCGCGCGCGUGCUCGUGUAUCGCGCUAGCCUAACUGCAGGCUACAUCGAAGUCACUGACCUGAUAUGGCAAAGAGAUGUCAUUGUCACUUUAUUUCUGAAAUGGAGCUGAACCCUCCAGAUUUCUUGAAUUAGCUGGUAACGCACAGGUUAUAACAAAUACCUAAUCGUACCUUUUGGUACGCUUUGUGGCAUAACCACGGGCAAGAGUCAUAAGAUUUCCCACUGUAUGACAUUUGCAGAUGCAUGCAGACUACAUUUAGGCCUAAAUAGCGUUCAGCUUAGCUAGCCUGAAUGUAACUCAGGUUAGUCUGUUUACGGUUAGCUCUCGGUAGUCGGCAGUCUAGUCAGUCUGCAAGUGCAAUACACCUAUCCAGUUGUGCCGUUUUGCCAGGCGUUUUGUCAUGGGUAUACGAACCAUGGCUCGACCGAACAGUCAACUCACGACAUGCCCUCGAAGCGUACCAAAAAUUGCUAUUAAAAGGUACGAUUAGGUAUAACAAUUUAGCUGUCAGAGAUUAACAUCGAUUAACAAUUCAACAAAGGAAUCCCAAAGUUUUUCGAGGCUACUUCACGCAUCAGAUAGCUUAUUGAGAAAUAAAAUAGCUGUUAGCAGCUGAUAUGAAUACAAUAUAAACAGACAGCAUGAUUUAGCCUUCGAUUCGUACCUUUAAACUCUCCAGGUUUAUUCCGUGAGAAACUGAAUUUACAACUCCACGGCCUCCGGGACCGAAAAAGAUGUGCAAUAAAAGUUGGAAAACGCAAACACCGCUAUUAAAAAUUGCCGCCAUUUUUCCCCGGCCGUAGAGGACUGGUUCAGCAGGCUUUAUUUGGGAUUGUUAACCAAAUAUGGGCAGCUUUCCUUUACAUCCUUGAUAUUCAGCUGAGUUUUCGUGUGAGUGCAAGUGAUGCGAAGUUCUUUUGUGUGGUGUUCGAUAAAAACACUCAUUAUUGAGCGUACCAAUGAAUGAUGCAAAGCAGGACUCAGAGAAGUUCACCUCACAUUCCAAACUCUCAGCUACAGUUCCUGCAUUUGUUCCUGGAGAAGUGUACACUGGACCAACGUUCUCCAGCAGCCUUGUUAUCAACUCUAACCUUUCACCCCUAGUACCUGAGUUUAAGCCUUCGGUCUCUUUUACAUCUUAUGCACCGCCUUACAAGCCUGGACACCAUUUCCAGUAUCCGUACCAUCAAUCUUAUAUCAAGCAGGGAAAUAUUGAAUGGCAACAAAAUGUACCUUUCCAAGCAUACCAGACAAGCUUUUUACAAUCUAGGAAAAGUACUGCUAAAGCUGGAAAGACUGUUGCAACAAAGAAAAAAGAACAAAAUAAGGAAGGACAAAACACUGCAGAAAACAAUGGAGGUGAAAACCUUGCUGAUACUGACAGCACUGUUGCUGUGAAAAGGAAAAGGCGAAGAAGGAAGAAAAAAGGACUUAAUGAUUCAACUCUGCAACAGGACCAAGAGGAAUUAAACUCAGAAGAUUUGUCUGAAGUCCAAAGAGAAUCAACUGUAGUCCCAGUGAAAGAUGAUUCUUCUGAUACAAAGCAUGGGAAUCCAAGCUUGGAAGAAAAGAAACUGUGUUCAAGCAGUGAAAAAAAUUCUACAACUUUGCUUUCCUCUCUGAACAGCUCUUCUGAAAACACUGCUGACAGCAAAACAAAUGUUGAUGUCACUGCUGUUGAAAGUUCUAGUAAUACAGAUCAACAAUGCCACAAAAAGCAACCUACUGCUCCUAACUUUACUGUGAGUUACAGUGACAAAGUAAAGAGCUUGGCAUCAAAGAACAGUAACAUAGCGAGCAGCAAUUUGAACACUGAAAAGUCUUGGGUCAAGGAUUUUUCUCCAGACAGUUCCAGGGUGAAAAAGGAGAAACAUACACAAAAUUCUGAAUUCCAGACUGGAGAAAGUACAUUGACAAGUAAUGUUAGUCACGGGAAAACAAAGGAGAUAAAAGGUGGGAAAAGAACUGGGGAAGAAAGAGGAUAUAACAGAAUAAAAAAUGAUGAAGCUUCGAAAUCAUGUACCAGAAAUGUUGAACAGAUUAGUAGGGAAGGAAAGCAAAUGGGAAGGAAUAAUAUUUUAAAGAAAUUGGCAUGUGAUGAUGAUGACAACUGGAGGCUUAAAAGGGAUGAUGCAAAAGCUGUAGACCCUACUGUUUUAAGCAGAAUGGAAAAAAAUACGAAAUCAAAUGUCAAGAAUUGUAACACUGAGUCUGUAAAGAAGAGGACUUAUCAAGGGGAAGAAGAUGCAGAGUCAAAGAAAUUUGAUAAACGUGCUAAACAUGAUAAAUCAUCCAGUCAUAUCAAUGUGGAUAAAGAAGGGAAGUCUUCAAAGAAGCAGCAGAAUUUAUCUGAAUUUGUCUCAGCUUCACCAGUGAAUGAGGCAUGUACCACAAUGUCUAGCUCGAGUAUAGGUAAUGACUUACAAAAUGGCACUCAAAGAACAUCUGACUCCACAAACAGUUUGUCUGUUGCUCCCUCAAAAAAUAAGACAUUAGAAGGGGAGUUUCCUGACUUGUGUGAUAGUGUAAAAAUCAAAAGACAGUCAGCUGUGGACAAUAGAACAACAGAUCACAAUGAAAUGACCAGCUCUCCAAAGCCAUCUGCUCCUAUGUCUUACAGUGCUGUGUUACGGUCAACACCUCAACCUAAGCCGGUUACUGCCAGUCCUGCAUGGGAAAGUGAGCAUCCUACAAAACAAGGGGGCCUGUUAAAGGUGCCACCUCAAGCCACAGCAGAUGGUGCAGACAAUGAAGCUGAGGCAGAAGGAAACAAGCAAAAGAAGAAGAAAAAGAAAAAGAAGAAGAAAACUAAAGAGGCUGGAGAUAAGGCUCAAGAAAAUGCCUCACCAAAAAGAACUGAAAAGCCUAUUCAGUUUGACCUUGGUGUCGUGCUUCAGACCAUUUCAACUAGUGGUACUGGUAAGAAACAAAGUAGUAAAAAGCAUGUGAUAGCCUCUGGUGUACUGCCAAAUCAACUGUCAGCUGCUUCAACCUCUGAAGUUAAACCUAGCGUGAAGAAUGUACAGUUGCUCAAGAAAGACGACAAGGUUCCUCAUAAUGUUCUGGAUUCCACUGCUCCUGUUGUAAAACGUGGCAAAGAGAGGGAAACUCCAGCAAAGAAGAAACCAAGUGCUCUGAAAAAGAUCAUUCUGAAGGAGAGACAAGAGAAAAAGAAGGCUAGAGAAGGUGAAACAGUAGAAACUGACAGAGAUGAUGAAAUUUGUCAAGAUGAAGAAAACAGAACAUGUGAGCCUGGAGAUGAGAAUACUGUACAUCAGGAAGUGCAAAGUCCAUCAGAAGAUGACACGGCGUGUUCGGAACCAUCUUCUCCAACAGAUCAAGAAAUAGCAGCUGAGAUGCACAGCCGCAAAUUUAGAGAGUACUGUUUCCAAGUUCCCGAUAAGGAGGUAGAUGCAGUUGCUACAGAGCUUCUGAGAGAACUCGUACGCUUUCAGGACAGACAGUUUCACAAGGAUCCAGUUAAGGCAAAAGCUAAGAGAAGGUUUGUCCUGGGUCUAAGAGAGGUUAGCAAACAUCUGAAGUUAAGGAAGUUGAAAUGUGUCAUCAUAUCGUCAAAUGUUGAGCGUAUCAAAUCUGCAGGAGGUUUGGAUGACGCCCUUGGUAGUAUAAUAACUUCAUGCCAAGAAAAUCAGAUUCCAGUGGUGUUUGCACUAAAGCGUCAGCUGCUGGGCAAAGUGCUGUUAAAGAAGGUUCCAGUCAGCAUAGUUGGGAUUUUCAACUACGAUGGAGCACAAGAACAUUUCAAAACACUCAUUGAGUUGACACAGAAAACAAGGCAGGCCUACAAUGAAAAAUGGACGAAAAUUAGGGAGAAACUAGAAUUACAGCAAAAGGAAAAUAAAUCUAUAGUAUCAACAACUGAAACAGACAAGGAGCUUAUUGCUGGUGGAGAGGAGAUGAGCAACCCUCCACAACCUAUCACGGAGGAAGAUGCUGUCNCAGAGAAUCAACAUGCAGAGGCCACUGAAAGCAGCGAUGACGAUGACGAUGAUCAUGAUCAUGAUGGCAUUGAUGACGACAAGGAGAAUAGUGAUGACAGACACAAUGAAACAGAUGCUGUCAUCAUAGAAAAUGACUUGGAGAUUCAAGAGUUUUAGUUAACUAUAAAUGACUGCGAUAUUCUGAUUAAUCUGGUAUCAACAUUAGGCUGAUGAAGUAAUUAGUAAUGAAGGAAUGAAGACGUGCUGAGGCUAAGUGAGGGAGAGAAAAUUUAAUUUAAAUAGAGAGGAUAGUCAUUAAUAGAAGCUUAAUUAUUCACAACGCACCAGUUAAACAAAUCCAAUCUAUAAUUAUUACACACUACUUGUAUAAAGUUAUUAUUUUAAGAAGAAUUAAAUGAAAACUUGCAUACCAAUGACAUACAUACUUGACAGUAACAGACUUACUGAGUCAUAACAGAGAUUCUAGCUUUAUUAUAGGGAAUGGUUUGUAAAUAAAUAUUAGUUAAUUACUUACAUAAAAUAUUAACAAUUUCUCACUGAGUUAUUUGUGCAAUGGUUUUAAUGAGCAGACACUCCUUACUGAGCAGCAAGCAGCCAUUGCCACCACACGGAUCUCUGGCAAACCGGCAAGGAGUCAGUGAUGAGAGGCAGCUGUAUUCGCGAGUUAUUCCACAUCAAGCAUUUGGAAUAGUCUAAAUAAUGACAUGAUCCUCUUCGUGCCUAAUUGGUACAUAUCAGUCUGAAAAAUUCUGGCUUCUCAUUUCUUGGUCCUCACUUUGUCCCAACCGCGCUUUGUAGGUUUCACGAUGCAAUCGAAGCAUUUAAUUUGUCAACGUUAUGUACACGCUUUUCGGCUGGACCUUAUGUUCUCAUUGCUAAGUCUUUCUAUUCUGUACACAGUGGAAGGCUUAUUAGAAAGAUUCUUUUGCGAUAAUUUGUUUCCGUUUACGAUGCUGCUAUGGUAUUAUGGUUAAGUUGCAAUUGAUACAUAAUUAAUCAUGUACGUUUGGAAAAUAUCGCUACAAAGUGUAUCUUUGCAAAGCACGAUUCAUUAGGCAUACUCAGUUGUGCUUUUAAUGUAUUAUGGUUCAUUAAAAAAAACCUGGAUUUCCUAUAUUCUUGUGUAAUGUACAAAACCUGACCGUCAAGCUAUCAAGGAAUUUAAAUUAAUUCAUGAAAAUAUAUUACUAUUAUGUUGAUGUACAUAGAAGUCAAUCAAAGAUCUCAUUAAACACCUUUAUGUAACAGAAA